CAUCUCUCCCCUGGGCUGUCGACCACCCCUUUUGAGGUCGGACUCCAUGCGGUCAUGAGUUCCCUGUCCAGUCUGUCGCUGGCGGGGCCUGGAGCACCGGAAAACUCCAGCAGGCGUAGACUACUCCUCGUGUACAUCCAUGGUUUCAUGGGCUCAGAAGCCAGUUUUCAGGACCUCCCAGCGCACGUCCAUCAUUUGUUGACCGGUUUGUUGAGCGAGUCCCACGUGGUCUACACCCGCAUAUAUCCGCGGUAUAAGUCUCAUGGCGAGAUCCAAACCGCCGUGGCCCAGUUCAGCGCCUGGCUGUCACCCCACGAGGCGGACGAUCUGGAUGUCAUUCUACUAGGACACAGUCUCGGUGGGAUCCUAGCCACCGACGUUGCGCUUCUGCAAAAGCAUCGGAUUUUGGGGCUGGUGAACUUCGACGUUCCCCUUCUGGGGAUCCACCCCCGCGUCAUUCCAACCGGCGCUAGUGGCUCCAUCCCCAAAAAAGGUCCAGCAUUUGACGAUAAACUCGCAGGCGAGGAAGAAUGCCUGGGUUUGAAACCGGCCGCUAACCCAGUCCCAUCCAACCCUAACUUUGACCCCCCGUUCCGGAACGAUGUACGCCUGGUGGAGCGUGGCUUCCUCAAGGGUAUGAUGCAUUUUGUCAACAAGAACACCGACAAUCUAUCGCGUUCGAUUGUUGACCGUCUUGUGUCGCCGUUGAGAUUUGCGAAUUGCGUCAACAACUACUCUGAACUUCGUCGGCGAUACCGACAGUUAAGAGAGCUGGAGGCUGCGGAGUACAGCCCUCGGAGGGUUCGAUUUGUCAACUACUACACAGCGAGCACUGGUCGCGUCUCACAUAAGACCAAAACGAAAUCAGCAACGGAACCCGAAGGCCUUGACCAGACCAGAGAGUUGACAACAACCCCGCCCCAAGUUGGGACACCGAGUGUUCCCGGUGACGUUGAAGCUGCUACCUCCACGAUGAGCAGCCUGAACCUCGAAGAACACAAUUUGAACACAGUGCCCCAUUCUCCCCUGGCUCCCGAAGACGGCAGCUGUAGAAGGGACUCUUCGACUAUCGAUCUCACCAGCGUUGCAUCGUUUACCUCAGUCGAUCAGAAGAGCAGCCAGGCCCUUACAGAAAGCGUGUCCCUCUCGACGUCAGCCUCUUCCCCCAGCUUGGAUCCCUCGAGACAGAAACUCCGGAAGUUUAUCCUCUUGCCUUCCCAUCACUGGAGGCACGACGACAACGCUCAUUGGACGCCCGUGCUUAUGGAGGACAUGGACGAAGUGUUGGCGCAUCAGUCUAUGUUUAUCCCGCGAGGCGCAAACUACGACUACCUCGUUGGGGAUAGCGUGGGUCUGAUCGAGCAAUGGGUGCAGAGCGACCUUAGUCGGCGGUUGCUCGAGGAAAGUCUUGACUAGCGAGACUGCGGCCAUGAACCGACGUGGGUGGCUUGAUUAGACCGUUGAUCCCUCGGGCUAACUAUUAAUACCUUGUCACGCUUGUAGAUGAGAUGUCACAGCACGUUCGCGAAUUCUGCCCCGUUUGCUGCUCUUGACCCGAAUGAGUGUUAGCCAGUUAUAAAUAUAGACUGAUGCCAUUCAAUACAUCUUUUGGCUUUGCCACUAUCGGGGCGAAGAGGGGCAUGAACCAACUGAAGAACCAUCAGACUACUACCUAGCCAGGAGCGACGAACCAGUAAAAACACACGUAGUAAGAGUUAGGUUUUUGGUGGCGCCUUGGCCCGGCACCAUAGAUCAAUG